AUGGUGGCGGAUCCAGAAUUCAGCAAUAAGAACAAUGGAGGAGGAGGAGGAUGGCUUAAAGAUGUGCGCAAGGCAGUUUAUCAAACCUCCACAGAUGGCAGCACUUACUACGUUGCUCGUCUGUUUAGCAAUGAAUCCUCCAUUCUCGCUGAUUUCAACUUGGAGGCCGAUAAGCUUUACGCCUUCUCCGCUUGGGUGCAAGUGAAACAAGGGCAAAGCUUCAUCAAAGCUGUUUUCGAGACGCCGACGAACAACUACACCGCCGGCGCAGUCAUCGCCAAGCAGGGCUGCUGGUCGAUGCUCAAGGGCGGCGUCGUCGUCAAUGUUUCUGAACCUGCUCACCUUCGCUUUCAGAGCGGCGGCGACAAUUUGACGGCGGAGGUGUGGAUCGACAGCGUGUCCCUGCAGCCCUUCACCCGGGAAGAAUGGCAGUCCCACCGGGCCGCCGCCGUGGAGAAAUCCCGGAAGCGGCGCGUGAAGUUCGUGGCGGAGGACGCUGGCGGCAUGCCCUUACCCAACGCCACCGUCUCCGUCAAUCAGUCCCGCCCCGACUUCCCCUUCGGCUGCGCCAUCAACCAGUUCAUCCUCGAAAACCCCGCCUACGCCGACUGGUACCUCCGGCGAGGCUUCCGCUACACCGUCUUCGAGAACGAGCUCAAAUGGACCACGACGGAGCCGGCGCAGGGCGCCGUCAACUACACCCUCCCCGACGCCCUCCUCAACUUCUCCAAAUCCCACGGCCUCACCCCCCGCGGCCACUGCGUCAUGUGGGGCUCCAACAAGGCCAAUCCCGACUGGGUCAACAGCAUCACCGCCGGCGACGCGCCGCGGCUGCAGGAGGCCGGCGACGCCAGGAUCCAGUCGGCGAUGAACAGGUACAAAGGGGAGUUCUUCCAGUGGGACAUUGUGAAUGAGAAUAUGCACAAUGUGUUUCUGGAGGAGGUGAUGGGGCCCGACGCGUCGACGAGGUACUACAAGAAGGCCAACGAGAUCGAUCCGGCGACGGUGCCGUUUCUGAACGAGUACAACACCAUUGAGCGCCCGUUCGACAUGGAGGCGACGCCAUGGCAGUAUUUGCAGAAGGUGCAGACGAUUCGUGCCCAGGGGUAUAAGGGACCUUUGGGGAUCGGUCUCCAGGCACACUUUGCUGCACUCAAUUUGCCCUUCGUCAGAGCCUCCAUUGACGUGCUUCGCUCUGCAAAACUCCCAAUUUGGAUCACUGAGUUGGACGUUUCUUCCACCCAAGGCCCCAACCAGGCUCCAUACUUUGAGGAACUGUUGAGGGAGCUCCACGCGCACGAAGCGGUGGAAGGGAUAAUGAUUUGGGGGGGGUGGUGGCCCAAGGGUGGGUGCUACAAGAUGUGCUUGACGGACGACAACUUCAACAACUUGCCGGCCGGCGACGUGGUGGAUAAGAUCAUGGCGGAGUGGACUUACGGCAGAGAUGGAGUCCAGGGAACGACGGAUGCUAGCGGCAGCUUCAAGACGUCGCUGUUUUACGGAGAAUACGAAGCCAUUGUUAGUCAUCCUAAACUGGGGAAGCUGCCGACUGUGCAGAAAUUCAGAGUGGUUCCAGAGGGGCAGCGCCAGCGCAAUGUGGCGUUCAAGAUCUGA